AUGUUGCGUGAUGGUGAGGAGCCAGAUUACGACAAGAAAGAUUUCAUGAAGUUCGCCAGAAGGUGCGGCGCAACAAGUACGAGUGCCGGCAGCUGGCGGAGCACGUGGAAACGGUCGGGGGGCUCCUGCAUCACGUGGAGAGGGACGACCCGCGGAUCGCCGCCCCGCUGGAGAAGCUGGAGGGGACGCUCCGGGAGGCCGUCGUGCUCGUCUCCUCCUGCGAGGCCAGCAGCUACUUCCGCCGCUUCUUCCGCGGCGCCAAGAUCGCCGAGCAGUUCCAGCGCAUCAAGGAGAAGAUCGACUUCUACCUCCAGGCUCCAGCUCUUCCCCGUCAUCACCUGCAUCUACACCACCAGCGUCUUCUCCCGGCGUCUUGACUCAGCACCUCACACGCAGAAUUUGCGGAGCUCCCCGUCCAAUCGUUCGGCACGAGCAUCACGUUGGUCUAACGGAGAUGAAGAUUACACAUAUUCUGAAAGACCGCAAGCCAGAACCGAGCCUAUUGCAGUUGCAACUAGAGAGGAUAAAUCAGGUCAUCAUAACUUGAACAAAGAUGGAGUCGAUAAGGCAUCUUCAAGCAAUGAUGAUAUUGGACACCUAUUGACACCAGCCCACCAAGCCGCAGGGUUUUCAUUGUUCGACUUAUUUCGGAUAGUGGAUGCUACAGAUAACUUCUCGCUGGAAAACAAGAUCGGCGAGGGUGGGUUUGGUCGUGUUUACAAGGGACAACUGAAUGGACUUCCAGUUGCUGUCAAGAGAUGCUUCGUGGAAUCGAGCCCAGAGCGUCUGUCUGACUUUGAAAACGAGAUUAAAUUCAUUCCUAGGCUCCAACAUAGAAACAUCGUGACGCUCAAGGGAUACUGCAUCGAAGGAAAAGAAAGGAUCUUGGUUUACGAGUAUAUGCAAAACAAAAGCCUCGAUAAAUUCAUAUUUGGCCCAAGAACCGAUUGGUCUCUCUACUGGGAUAGGUUGUUUGCGAUAAUUGAAGGUAUAGCUCAAGGGAUUGUGUACCUUCACUUGCACUCGGGGCUAAAGAUUAUCCACAGGGACCUUAAGCUCAGCAAUAUUCUAUUGGAUUCUGAAAUGAAUCCUAAGAUUUCUGAUUUUGGUACGGCAAGAUCCGGUUUUCCGAACAAGGGUCGCAGGACAGACACUGUUUCAGGAACAUACGGUUACAUGGCUCCGGAAUAUUCAACCAGAGGAAUAUUUUCGGGUAAAUCGGAUGUGUUCAGCUUUGGCAGCCUGCUUCUUGAGAUCGUAAGUGGAAAGCGGAACGGAACUUGGUACUCGAUUAGAGAAAGGAAGUCCAUAAGUCUUCACGAAUAUGCAUGGAGGCUGGUGUUCGAGGAGAAGAACCCGGAGAGGCUGAUCCGGUCGUCCCUGCGCAUCAGCGUGGGCGGCGACGCGCCACACCUGAUGGGCCAGAUUGUGGGCUGCGCGCACAUCGCGCUGCUGUGCGUCCAGGAGGACCCAGAGGACCGCCCGUCCAUGUGGGACGUCGUGCUGAUGCUCCACGGUGGCGUGGCAGCGCUCUCGGCGCUGCCGACGCCGAAGCAGCCGGCGCGCCGCUACGGCGGCGGCAGGGAGCAGCGCCCCAAGUUCCGGGAGGUCCUGGCAAAUGGCCACGACUGGGACAAGAAAACAGUCACCGUCCUCAUGAGGUGAUACUAUUAAUUAGCACUCCCUCCGUCUCAGAAUAUAAGAAGUUUUAAGGUUGGACACGGUUAUUAAGAAAGUAAGUAGAAGUGAGUGGCGGAAGGUUGUGAUUAGAUAAAGGUGGAGGUAGGUGGAAAAAAUAAAUGUUGUAGGAUUAUGAUUGGUUGUGAAGAUAAUAUUGGUAGAGAAAAUGUUAUAUUUUGGGACAAAUGAUGAGGGCUAAAAGUUAUUAUAUUUUGAGACA